AUGCGAGGCGAGAUCCUCCUGACGGGGAUGCUGGCCGGACCCCAGAGAAUUACCGUGCCACCCCACGUCUUCGAGGACGAAGGCAAAGCAAUGGUCAUAAUCAUGCACCUUGUUGGAGAUAUCUGCAACUAUUUGGGUAUCGUACAUGGCGAUAUGCUGGCCAUAUUACGAGACGAGUGCUUGACGCGCAUGGCUUGGGUGGAAGGCCGCAUGGAGACAUUGCCGGUUGGUGGAGAGGAAGUAACGCCGGUCGCAGAGGCAAAAGAUUCUCUUUUUGGAGUCCAGGCCACAGCAGGCUGCCGUAAGUUCUACAAUAUGACG